CCAAGGAAGGAUUGAGAGACGGAUUGUCCAGUUGACCGAGAGCUACGUGCUAUCACGGUUAUCAUUUUAUCACACCAAGAGAAUCACCUGAAUUUACGAGGGAGUAAUUGAUAUUUUUUUUCAUGAUCAUCUGUGAUUGAGAUCGACGGUUCGUUGAAUUUUUAUUUUCGAUUCAAUCAGUGAGGGAAAAGUGACGGCAAUAUGAGGCUGGUAGCCUCUCUGAUUCUUUGUGCUGCAAUUAUCGCCUCCGAUGCUCAUCCCAAAGAAUGUUCUCGAUGCUCGAUGAAGAAUGGAAGUAAAUCGAAGAGGAGCAUCGAUUUCAAUGAUAUCCUGGAGGUGCCGUCGUUCAGAACACCGAGGAAUGUUAAGCCCAUUAGUUACCAGUUGGAAAUUCAUCCGUCGACGAAAACUGGAAAAUUCCAGGGGCGUGUUGCUAUCGUUGUUGUCUGGUUAGACAUAGGUGUACGGAUUAGGCUUGAUGCACAUGCAGAUCUCAAUAUCACUGAUGUCACUGCCAAGUGUUUGUAUAUCAAUAACACGAACACCUGGGAGCCAGUGAAAAUCGGUCGAAGCAAACACAAUUGCCAGAAAUCCGAAUACGACGUGGACCUGGACCACUGGUUUGAACCUGGUGAUAAAUGUGAGCUGAACCUGACCUACACCGGAAACAUAACAUCCACGGAGAGUACCGGUAUUUUUAUGAACUCAUACCUAGACACUCAAGCCCAGGAGCACACAUUCAUCGGGACACAUCUGAGGCUCAACAAUGCAAGACGAUUGUUCCCCUGUUUCGAUGAGCCCGAGUACAAAACAAAAUUCGAACUGAGUGUAAUCAGACCGAAGAAGAUGAUCGCCAGAUCCAAUACAGCCCUCAACUAUUCCAUUGAACUGCCCAGCGAUUCGACUUUGAUGAAGGAUGUUUUUGAAAUAACACCAGAAAUGUCAACGUACCAACUGGCAUUCAUGAUAUCUGAUUUUGAGAGCAUAUCUCCAACGAGAUCAUUGAAUCCCACCGAGGCUCGCACACCUCUGGAUAUUAAAGUCUGGGGUAGAAGAGACUAUCUGAGUACGCUGUCAAAAGUACCCAAUAAAAUCGUGACAAUUGUCAACUACCUGCAGAAUUACUUCAAUAUCUCCAUUGGUCUUGCCAAACUCGAUGUCGUGGCGAUGCCCAUGUACACAGCCACCAAGGCUUCCGAUAACUGGGGCCUCAUGUUCUUCAAGGAGAGUGAGCUGAGCAGUUCUCUAGUGUGGAAUACUGCAUAUGAAUUGAUAUAUCAAUGGAUUGGUCAGAGAAUAACUCCUUUUCGUUGGAGCGAUGCACAAGUCAAUAAGGCACUGAAUUCAUUCCUCGCUUCGAAAACAACGGUUGAUAUCGAUCCCAAUGAGAUGGAGGGCAAGUGGCCAAUGACCUUGCUCUACUCACUCUUUUACGAAUUUGGCAAAACAUUUCCAUUCGCCAGAGUUGCUGGUAUAAGGCACGAAGCUGCUUCCGCUAAGACUGAACUCGUAUUCCGCAUGUUCAACUACACGUUGGGAGAAGAAAUUUUCAGGAAGGGAGUGCAGAGGUUUAUCUAUGAAUCAUCAAAAAACGGGAGCUUUUAUGCCAAUGAUAUCUUCACUCAUCUCGAUACAGUCCGAGAAGAUAACAAUGUAACUCUCCCAGAUAAUCUGACAAUAAGCAGUAUUGCCGGUCUAUGGAUGCAUCGUGACCGUGUGCCACUGGUAACGGUAACGAGGGAUUACGAAACCGGAAAAAUCACCUUCACACAGAGCGUUUACUUACGCGAAGCCGCUCCACCGUCAAACGAAAAAAUGUCUUACCUAUGGGACAUUCCCAUCGUAAUGAUAAAUCAGGAGAAGCUGAACUUCAAAGAUUUGAAGACCGAAUUUUGGCUGACGAAGAGCGAAUCUCGUGUUACUAUGAAUGACACUGCUGAUAAAGACAAAUUCGUUAUCGUAAAUCCAGAAGAGAUUGGUAUGUUCCCGGUCAACUAUGAUAUAUGCAAUUGGCAAAUGCUGAGUCAAUUUCUGCAAGGACCCCACAGGGAAACUAUUCCAGUUUUGACGAGGGCCAAAUUGCUGCACGAUGCCUGGAACAUGGCGUACGCUGGAGAUUUUUGCUUUGAAGUUGCUUUUAAUAUGACGCUCUUUUUGAAGAAUGAAACGAGUCAUGUUGUUUGGGAGCCAUUCUUCACGAUGAUCGAUCAUGUUGGGAGAAGGAUACAAGGAUCCGAGGGUGUCUAUGCGAAAUUUGAGGCGUAUAUCUUCAGUCUUCUUCAGCCACUCUACAAAUAUCAAUUGGGUGAGGUUCCACAGCAGAACGAGCCAUCGUGGAAAGUUCACAUGAGAGGUCUCGUGAAAAACUUUUUGUGCCGAGCUGGAUACGUACCUUGUGUCGAAGAAGCCGAGGCGCAAUACAGAAAAUGGACCAAGGAUGAUCAGCCUGAUGAAGGAAAUCCUGUCGCCAAUGAAUUUCUCUGUCCCGUAUUUCGAUGGGGUACAAUGGACGAUUGGGAAUUUGGUCUGCAACGCGUGAUAAAUUUCCCCCAGAAAACAAUGGAAAGAAAGCAGAGCGAAAGAACGUAUCUAUUGAAGACACUGGCUGGUUGCCCAGUGGACAAGGAGAAGAUUGAACGCCUCCUGAAUGUCACAAUUCUCGACAAAAACUCAAACUUCUCCGACUCGGAUAUUCACCUUGUCUUCAGUACUCUCACUGGCAGUGCAACGGGUUAUUCAACUCUAUUCGAUUUUCUCGUCGACCAUUGGGACACGGUUAAACUGAGAUUUGAGAACAAGAAACAUCUUUGGAAUAGAAUUGUCAAUUCAGCGACGUCAUCGUUCAGUACUCAAGAGGACUACGAGAUGGUUUCUGAAUGGUAUGCGUCUAAACAGAAGGAAUUUGAUACUGCUGAGUCGUUGAUGAAUAAAGUCCUCCAGGAUAUUGACCAAGAGUCCAAGUGGAAUGAGAGAAAUGUACCUGUCAUCGAAAAUUGGUUGAAGAAGCAUCUUGGAGAUAAACCCUCCGAGCUUCUCUCGUAUGCCAGGCGAACCACUACCAUCACACCUAUCACUGGAUAAAAAAAACGGAUAUUUUCAGAUAUUUGGAAAUAUAAUAGAAUAAUAACCCGACGCUUGUGCCACAAAAUUGGAAUUCUUUUGAAAAUUUCAGUCCUUUCUGGUUUUUCCUGAUUUUCAUUGGACAUUCGAAAUAUUUUUUCAAUGAAUA